AUGUUCCGUGUCGAACUCGUCUCAGACACGUCAACGGCCACACCAGGCUGGUCCUAUGCCCCAACCAGGGGCUUCGACCCUACACAAGCGAUGGCCCCAAGCCUAGGCCGUAAACGCGGCAUCCGCGACGCCGGCAAGGGCGGCGACAUCUCCUCCCGGCAAGCGAACGCGAUCGCACGCCACAUUGCCGAGUUAGACCGCGAGAAUCAGCGCGACGUCUCCAUCCCAGCGCCCGUGAAACAAGCCCGAGAAGCCGGCGCACGGGGCACGCGAGCAAAGACCACUUCGAACGUCCGCCGCAUCCUCCAGUCCCAGAAGACCUUCCGGAACCACCUAGACGAUGAAGAGGCGGCAAUAGCCUCGGGUAGUGGUGGUAUAGCAGGCAUGCAGGGCGCGGGUGCCGCGAGCAUCAUCGCGGCCAAGGGAGGCAAGGCUGCCGCGCGCACCGCGACACCGGCUAGUACAGCAGGAGUCAAACGUCCCUCAGCGGCCAUGGUGGGUACGGCAACUGGCGCAUCGACGCCCGCGCAGGAAACCACGGACGCUGAAACUGAUGCCGACGAUGAGCCGUCGCGCAAGCCGAAACUUAUCAAGUCUGAAUAUGAUGACGAUCCUCUUCUACGCUCGUAUGCGCCCCCUGUACCUUCUGAUCGGCUAAUGCAGCGGCUGCUAGCGGAGGCGCCGCUUUCUUAUAACGCGUCGCGUGCGAAGCCACCGGCGUCGGCGCCGCCGGGGCGCCAUUUUUGUUGUAUGUGUGGGUAUUGGGGAAAGAUUCGGUGCAAGAGUUGUCAUUUGAGGACUUGUAGCUUGGAUUGCUACAAGGUUCAUGAGGAUUCAAGGUGUGGUGCCUUCUUUUAG